UAACACUGACACAUAGGUAUGUACACACAAGCUAUUAAAGUAAAUACAAUCAGAAACAGGAGCUGGAGGCUUUGCAUUGUCAUUAUGAAGAUGUUGAGAUCCAGAAGCAGAUGGAGGUAUAAAAUAAACAAUAUCAGUAUUUGGUUGUUCUGUUUAAACAUUUAUUCAUUUUAAAAUCAUCGUAAAAGCACAGUUUUAAGGUGAACUCCUGGCAGAAGUGUCCCGUAUCUAGAUCAAGGGUAAACCAGCAGGUUUAGGAGAACUCGCAGAAACAAUACUCGUAAUGCGGAAGUAGGAAGUAAAUAUACACAACAAUUACACCUUUAUGACUACGAUGACAACUGGACCUUUGUGUACUUCGGGUCCGCUCACUUUUGCUUUUAAUGCCAUAAAUUUGUAUUGACGUCGAUUAGAAAGCUUAAGUGAUAACUCUCCCAGUGCACUCUGGGCACUAACGUUAACAGCUUCACCUUUAAAUACGUUUUUUUAUUUGUGCUUUAAGUCAACAAAUGCAUCGCGAUUAAAAUGUAAGGCUACUGUAAGAGACCGGUUAAUGUUCUCGUCUUCGUGGUCCGUAGGAGAAUCCACACCUGCUUCAGACACAGGUAAUGUGUUUUAGUACUUGACCGACACUAACAGUACCUGGCAUGGAUGUCCUUCUGGCUGCGAUAGAGAUCCUGACGACCCCAGCACACCAGGAGCACUGUGAGCCAUUCAGCCUGUCCCGAUUAUUAAGAAAUCACCUGCUCAGUUGAUAACACGUGGGUAUGCAACAUGUUUGUAUCUAAUUGUAUUGUAUAGUGAUUAAGACGAAUGAAGAGAAGCCAGAUCCAAACACACAAUCUUGUGAUCACCCCAGUGUGUGUGGCAUUAGUGUGGAUUUGAAAAAAGAUGAUGGUGUUGAGGAUGAGGAAGCCUCUCACAUCUCUCCAGCCAACCAAGGUUCAACCAAACAAGAAACUGGUAAGAGGAAAAGGAUUUGCUCAAGAAAGAGCACAAAAACAGGAGUUCGCUCUAACAAAUCAAAUCACCAUUGCUUUAAAUGCGGACAAAGCUUCAAAACGUCUGUCCACUUUAAAAGACAUAAACUAGUUCAUUCAGGAGAGAGGCCUCAUGGUUGUCCUGAAUGCGACAAGAGGUUAAUUACGCUCCCUGAACUCAAAGUACAUCUGCGUGUUCACUCAGGUGAAAAACCCUACCAUUGUUCUGAAUGUGGAAAGUGCUUUGCUCAGUCAGGGUCAUUUUCCAAUCACCGCAGGCUUCAUAGAAAUGAAAAACCCCAUCACUGCCCUGAGUGUAACAAGCGUUUCCAGCAACUUAUAGAUCUACGAAUUCACCGAAGGAUUCAUACGGGAGAGAAGCCGUACAUGUGCUCACAAUGCUGGAAGGCCUUUACUACAUCCGGAGCAUUACGAAUUCAUCUACGAACCCACACUGGUGAAAAACCUUACGAGUGCAAAGAAUGCGGGAAGACGUUCUGCCAGCUAGGAGGACUUAAAGUUCACAGACGUGUUCAUUCAGGAGAGAGGCCUUACGUGUGCUCCGUGUGCGAGAAGCGCUUCAAGGGACAUGCCAAUUUGAUCACACACAAGCGCAUUCACACUGGAGAAAAACCUUAUCGAUGCACUGUAUGCAACAAGACGUUCACCGACAGCAGGAGGCUAAAAGAGCACCAGCCACCUCAGUCAGUAGAGAAACAGUUUCGGUGCGGCGUGUGUAGUGAAGCUUUCGGCGCUUUCUGUCAACUUAAAGAACACCAGCAGUGUCACAAAGGAGAGAAGCACCAUCGCUGUACUGAGUGCGGAAAGGCCUUCACGCAUUUAUAUUUACUGAGGAGUCACCAGCGUGCACACUCCGAUGAGAGACCAUAUUCCUGCGCUGAAUGUGGAAAGUGCUUCCGCCGGUCAUUUGACCUGAAAAUGCACCUGAACACUCACAGUGAAACACGACCUCAUCUUUGCUCGGAGUGUGGAAAGAGCUUCCGCAGGGCUGCAGAGCUUAGGAUACAUCUGAGAGUUCAUACGGGAGAAAAGCCUUAUCCCUGCUCCGUCUGCGGCAUGGGCUUCAAACAGACCUCACAACUCAAAGUGCAUGAGCGCACUCACACAGGAGAAAGGCCUUUCCUCUGCACGGACUGUGGGAAGACUUUCAAAGACAAGAGAAGCCUGCUAACACACCAGAGAGUGCACCAUAAAUAAAGAAAUUCUUCUAUUAUAAUAUA